UAGCUAGAUAGAUAGAUAGAUAGAUGAUAGAUAGAUAGAUAGAUAGAUAGAUAGAUAGAUAGAUAGAUAGAUAGAUAGAUAGAUAGAUAGAUAGAUAGAUAGAUAGGUUAUCACAAAUGUAUGGUAAGUAAUCCUAUUAAAUAAAAAAGAAAAUACAUACAUAAAUGGUAACCGAUCCCAAAUGUAUGUUUAUUAAAUAAACAAAUAUAUACAUUUUAUCCUGGAAAUCAACAGUCAUGCUGCCCUAGUUCUUUUUAAAACAUGAUUUGCAUGGCUUGUUUUUCCAUGAAGGUAACGCCUACUCACAGUAUAGUACUAAUUCACUGGAAGUACCUGAGAGCAGCAUUCACCUUCUUUAGAAAGAUGAUACUUUAACAUCUACCAUGGACCAGAACGCUUCUGUAAACGUGACUCUGGAAUCUGGAAUGUGCCUACAUGGAAAAACAGUGGAGCUGUACAUGUACCCGACGGCUUACUCGGUGUUUUUCAUCAUUGGAUUUCCAGCAAACUGUCUGUCUCUGUACGUGGCCUGGGUUCUGAUGAAGAAGGGCAAUAAUUUGGCUGUUUAUCUGAUUAAUUUGUCAGUCGGAGAUCUACUGUAUAUCCUAACUCUACCUGUUUGGAUCAUGAUGGCACUCGGCCAUGCGGUGAACGGCAGUCUGUGCAGCACUAUAGCGGUGGUAAUGUUCAACAGCUUCUACGUGGGUUCAGGCUUUCUGUGCUGCAUCUCUGUGGACCGAUAUUUAGCCAUCGUGUUUCCGCUGCAUUUCACAUGUGUGCGAGAGGUCAGAACCACUGUGUUGGUGAGCGCCAUCGUAUGGAUGGUGGAAAUUGUGCUUCAUGUGGGUCUUCUAACCUACACGGAGGCGAUCGGGAACUUUUCUGCCAGCCGUAUGUGCGAGGAGCCGAUGAUAAUGACCGCCGCCGCCGCAAACGUGGCCAUCACACGCGCAGUCCUGGGAUUUCUGGUUCCUGUGCUCACUAUGAGCUUCUGCUUCGAGGAGAUCAUCAGGGCGCUGAAGAAAAGCACCUCUACUGUGGUCAGCGAACGGAGAAAGAUUUGCUGCCUUCUCUUCUCUCUCCUUUUCACCUACUUGUUGGCUUUUACACCUUUCCAGGUGGUGAUGUUCAUCAGAGGACUGCUGGAGCCUGGAAACUGCAGCGUCGCGCACAAUCUCAGAGACUAUUACAUGGUGUUUGUGGCCACAACGACAAUAAACAGCAUUUUAGACCCCAUCCUUUAUUGUCUCAUAAGUGACAGUGCCAAAACUGAAAUGAAAAGACUUUUUAAGCUCUGUGAGGGUAAAUUCAGUAAGAUUUAUUCAUCUGUGGUGAAAACCUGACAUUCUGAAUGUACUGCUUAAUGUCUUGACAGACUCAUUUGUUAUUAACAGACUGAA